UCAGUGACGUUUUUGAACGGUCCACCGACGGUUACACUGUUCGCGAUUUUUGUUGUAAAAGUGUUUUUGUUGUGCUUGCUUGCAUAAAACUGCGAGUUCCAAGUGAAAUAUCUAUUGUUGUGGCCCGAAAAUGCCAAAAAAUUAGUGAGCAGUGGUCCCCGCCCCAAGUCCGCAGCAAGCAGGUGCCAAAACCACCCCCGUGAUCGUCGAAAUCGAACCAAUGACGUCGCGAAUCUGAGGCGACAAAGAGCAGCGGGAGGAAAGUGGUCGCCCAAACGACCGUAUUGUGUCAGCGUAAUCAGUAUUAGAAGCAUUAGCAGUCCGGAUUGGACACACCAGUCAAACGAACACCCCCCACUGACCGACACAGAAACAUGUGCUAGACCUCCUCGAAAUGGGAUCGCGUAUCAAAAAUGACGUGAAGAAGCUCUUCGAGUUCUGGUGCGAGGUCACGCCGACGCCGGGAUUAGAGAGGGGCACGAGUUCCAGGAGCGGCGGGCCAGCUGUUCCCGCCGGCGUGAUCGUGGAGAGCUUCCCCGAGGGAUUCCGCGACCAGGAGGUGCUCACCGGCAUCCCAUCGUUUGCCUUUCCCUGCGACACAACAAGCACCUCGGUGCAGACAUAUUCCUUUGUGCACACCACUGGCGAUUCGAAAUGGCGCUUCGGCUUCUGUCGACAGGAUCCGCGGACGAACACGGCCAUGGUGCUGAUAACCUACCUGCCGUGGCACGACACCUUCCUAAAGCUGCUGCCCGUGCUCGCCGAGCUGAGGCGGACGGAUCCCAAUGGGUUUCGCACCUUCCUCUCCGAGGCCUACAACCAGGGUAUCCCGGAUUGUGGCGGCAGCCUUAAAGUCUAUUACAGCGCAGGCCAGAGUCACUUCACCUUCGAACGCCCACUGCAGUUCCAGUUGCCCAGCAUGCCAGAAAAUCACAACUUGAAUUUGUACUACAACUUCGUGGAGCCCAAGGAGAUGAUUGCCGUGUUCGCUGCGAUGCUGGCCGAGCGUCGAAUAAUCUUCACGUCGAGACACCUGGACAGGCUAUCCUCAUGCAUCCAGGCGGCCAACGCAUUCCUAUAUCCCAUGGUCUGGCAGCACAUCUUUAUACCCGUGCUGCCGUGGGAGUUCAAAGACUACCUGGGUGCGCCCAUGCCAUAUCUGAUUGGUGUGCCAGAACCAGUGCUCGAAACCGUCACCAGUGAUGAGCUGGGUGAAGUUGUGAUUCUGAACUGUGAUACGAAAAUAUUCGAAAGCCCAUUCGACGAUGUGCACAAUCUGCCAACGGAGAUUGUGUCACAGCUGAAGAAGCAUCUGAAUCACACACAUGACCACAUCGGCGACCGCAUCUCGAAGAUCUUCCUAAACGCACUGGUGCAGCUCAUCGGUGGCUACCGGGACGCUGUGGAGUACCACGAGAACAGCAAGACGUUUAAUUCCCAAAAAUUCAUUGAAUCUCGGCCGGCGCACCUGCGCCCCUUUCUUGCCAAAAUGAUGGAUCUACAGAUCUUUGCGCAGUUCAUUGACGAUCGCCUAACGAUGCUCAACAGCGGACUCGGCUUCUCGGACGAGUUCGAGCUGGAGACGGUGCGCUAUGCGGAAAAGAAGAAGCGCGGUCGAAACUACGCCAUCAUGAAGAACCUUAAGGACAAGGUUAAGGAGGGCUCGCGGGGCAUGAAGACCGCCUAUAAGGGAUUCAAGACAAAGCUGCGCGAGAACGGAAACCAGUUUGGUGGCACGCACUUCCACUUUGGACUUGGCUCCCCGAAUCAUUCGGAUCGUCCUGACGGCACCAGCGGAGGAUACGUUCGUGGUGGCAAGGCCAUCGGGGCUGCACACCACUCGGCGCCCAGUUCUCCAGUGACCAGCAAGCGUCUUGAUGGAAUUGCCUCCGUCACGGGAAGCAGCGGCAGCGGUGGAUCCGGCGCCAGGGAGCCGCGGGAGUUCCUGCGACGCGGUCCCGUCCCGCUGGCCAUGUCUAGCUCGAGCAGCCACAUUCAGCCGAACGGCCAUGCGUACGGUGCGAGUGCUGGUGCUCAUUAUGGUCAUCAUCUCGCUGCGUCUCCUGCUGUUAGCUCGGCGAGCUCGCUCUGCUCAUCUUCGGAGAUGAACCUGUCGCAGGAACUGCAGAACCAUCCGCUUUUCAAGACGCCGGCAGUGGACCGCAGCGUAAGUAAUCUGGUGCGGGCGUACGAGCUUCGGCUACAGCAGCUCCAGUAACUGGAGCUUCUGGGUGCAGCCGUUCACAUGCUUGCCGCUAAGCUAAAUCGACCACUCAUCUCGAUGUGCUGUGAAUUUAUGUUGUUCUCAUGCUCUUCUUGUUUUUGUUUCCUUGUCUGUGUCGUGUCUCUGUCCAACUGUAUGUUGCCAUCGAUCGAUCGUUCGUCCUACCCACACAUCAUGCCCACAAACACCCCAAACACCGAUAUACAUAAUCGAUCACACUCCACUGAUACUUGCACCCACCCCCAUCCCGGCAUUGCCCAUUGGCCCACGCAGCUUAAGCCAAACGCAGAGCACAGGCGAGGAGCAGCACCGCCAGCCCGUCCACCGCCACCGCAAUCUACGCCCGCCUCCUACUACAAUCAUCCCUAUGCCGCGCAUCCGCACGUGGAGUCUAAGCCGCCAAGGCACACCUCCACGCCCACCAGACCGCGUCAGCCCCUGCCUACCGCCGAUUCCAGCAGCUUUGAUAGUCCGCCGGACGUACAAUCUCCACCGAUUCCGCCCCGGAGGCAGGGCAGCUCGAAUGCGAUUGUGGCGGCCACGGCUGCAGCCGUCAGUGCAGAGAUUAGCAAACUGGAACGUAACUGCUGGAAGGACGAGCCCGGAAAUGAUUCUGUACGCAGCUCGAAUGCAUCCUCGUCAUCGGCGACCUCAUCCUCCUCGGGCGCAUCGUUUGUGACGGCGGCGUCGACGUUCUCGCAUCUUAAUGUGUCUGAUCCGCCCAUUCCGACACCGCGGGCCAAGAGAGAGCAACAGCAGCCACUGGAGGACAGCAUGAAUGAUCUGAUAUCGCUGGACGAUAGCAACAACACCAGCUUCGACCUGGAGGACUUCGAUCCGCUCAAUCAGAAUGCUCGUCCGUUGCCGCCGCUCAGCACGGCAUUUGCCAAGAAGUGCAGCACACUGCCCGCUGGCGUCAACAGCAGUGUGGUGGCCAGUAGCGUCAGCAAUCCACUGUACCCGUAUUUCGCGCCCAAGCACAUGGCCACGGUGGCAGCUGUGACGGGACGGACGCCACCGAUGCACCCACCGCCGCAGAUCCAGCGCAACACCAUUGCCGCCAAGCCCGACGACGACUUCGAGCUGCUCCGCAAGUACGGCCUGGACCAGUUCACCCUGAACGCCAACGGAACGGAGAAGUCGCAGCAGCUCACCACCGGAAAGGGCAUGAACAACUGGACAACAUUCGAUUGAAGGGACACAGCUGGUCAGAUAACCUGCAUCAAAUAUGAUACCAAAAUAAGUGUGAUUGAUAGAUUGUGUUGUAAAUAGCUAGGAGAGAUAGGCAAAAUCAAGGAUGGGAGAGCGAUGACAGUAAAAUAACCCCUAAAUACCCAAAAUUGUGUGUCUGCAGUAGUGAGUUAGUGAGUUAUACUUAAGCAGAGGAUCCAAUUAAAACGCUUGUUUGUGUAAAUAACUGUUUAGUGAAAAGUUUUAACAAUUGCAUGAAUCGGAACUCUCGCUAACUACGCAUACUUACAUACAUAUUGUACGCUGGACUUCCAAAUCAAAAGACACAAGAAUCUAGAGUAGCAUGAAUUUAAGCCAAUUAGCCUAACAAAUUACCAAUAAAUAUAAAAUAAAUUCCAAUU